GGCCUUACUUGCCCUCUCCCACGUGGUGCGUGCAGGCGGCCAUCAGGGCAUAUCCGCCGGGCUUCAGGGGGCGCUUUGUGGUGUUUAUCAAGCCGGGCUUCUACCGCGAGAAGGUGGCCGUCAACUCCACGUGCAAGAACGUGACGCUCAUUGGGCUCAGCGCCGCCUCCACCAUCAUCUCGUGGAACGACAGCGUUGCUGCUGGCAUCGGCACCUUCAGCACCCCCACUGUUGCUGUGGACGCCAGUGGCUUUGCGGCCGUCGGCAUUCGCUUUGAGAACACGGCAGGGGCGGUGGGCCAACAGGCAGUGGCGUUCAGGCAGACGGGCGACAAUGCUGCCUUCUACGAGUGCGAGUUCAUUGGAUGGCAGGACACGCUGUACACGCACGGUGGGCGGCAGUACUAUCGCAACUGCUAUGUGAACGGGUCGGUGGACUUCGUGUUUGGCAACGGUGCGGCCGUGCUGGACAACUGCACCUUCCACAUCCGCCCGCACAGCAAUGCGCCGCUCACAGCUUCAGGGCGCACCAACUACACGGAGAACACGGGCAUCGUCAUCCUCAACUCCAACAUCCAGGGCGACUUCUUCAACAAGUCGUACCUGGGUCGGCCCUGGAAGCCUUAUGCGCGCGUGGCUGUCAUCAACACCGCAAUCACCUCCAAAGCAACCUGUCCUCGGGCUCCCUGCCUCUCUUUUACCCUUGCCCCUGUCCUCUCCGGCUACCUCUCCUCUCCCCUCUCCCUUCUCUCUCCCCUCUCCUCUUCUCUCCCCUCUCCUCUUCUCUCCCCUCUCCUCUUCGUUCCUCUCCUUUCCCUCUCAUUUCGCAUCUCCUCCUCCGUCCUCUCUCUCAACAUCUCCAGCAACCAGCUCUCUGGCGCGCUCCCCUCCUCCCUCUUGCGCUUCACCGUACUGCACUCAUUGGUAGCGGUGCGCAACCGCAUGAGCGGCAGCAUCCCUGCAGGCGUGGCAUCUGUGAAGGCCCUGCAAGCCCUGGACCUGUCAUGGAACGGGCUGUCAACAGCCAUCCCUGCGCUGCUGUGGGCGGCAGCGCCCUCCCUGCACGUGCAGCUGGCUGGCUUCGCCCUCUCUGGCCCAGCCCUCUCCGACCUGCCCCUCUCCUGCUUCCGCCCCGGCAAUUCCAAGCUCUCUGUAGGAGGAGAACUUAACUCAAUCUCAAAAGGUUCAAUCAAAGUUCAAGAAUCUCACAAGGAAUUAGAAGGAGCAAGAGAAAGGUUGGGAUAGGAAGAGAGGGAUGAGAGGGAAGG